AGUGGACUGAGACGGUGACAGACUGCUGACUUUUACUCACGAGUACAGCUGGUAUGUAAAACAGCUGGAGCUGCUGUGGGCAGGAGGUGUGGACGAGGUUUCAGAAGCAGCUGAGGAAAGACACAGUGAACGCUUUAAUCCAUGGGCCUGAAAAAUUCCCACCCCAAGCUGUUCCCGGGGGACAUCGUGGAGUAUCCCAGGAACAAAUACUUCUCCCACUUCGGGGUGUACUACGGGGAGAGGGACGGCGUUCCCUACGUCGCUCAUCUGACAUGUCGAGAUUCAGACACGAUACUCCCGCUGUUCGGCCGAGCGCUGAGGUCUGAGAUCAAACUGGAUCCUGUGGAGAUGCUGGGGACGAAAUACAAGGUCAACAACAUGCUGGACGGCUGGCACUCGCCCCGGGACUUCCACAGCGUGGUGAAGCCGGCCAUCGACGACAUGAUGGGACGUGAGGUCACCUUCGACAUCCUGUUCCACAACAGCGAGCACCAGGCGACGCUCUUCAGAUACGGAGUGAAGAAGUCGGAGCAGAUCGAGACGAUCUACGAGCACAUCAUGCCGGCCUGGAAGAAGCUGAUGGAGAGGAAGGAGCUGUAAGAGCUCAGAGCAGCCAGUGGAGGGCACCGUUCUCCUCAGCUGGACCUCCAGAAACCUCAGAGACCAGCAGGACUUCCUCAAUCAUCCUUCCAGCCUCACUUCCCUGCUUCCUUCCCCCCUUCUUUACACUCUUCAUUUAUUCCAUCCCUCCUUCCUUUUUACUCUUUUCCUUCCUUUUGCUCCACACUUCUUUCCUUCCUUCAUUCCAUCCCUCCUUACUUUUCUUUUUUCAUUCCUUCCCUUCUCCUUUCUUCAUCCUUCCAUCCCGUCAUUCAUUUUUCAUUCCAUUCUUCCUUUGUUGCUUUUUCCUUCCUCCUUUAUUUCUUUUCCUGCCUUCUUUCCACCUUGUUUUCCUCGUUCCCGUCCCCUUGAUUCCUUCUUUUUCUCCCUUCUUCUUUCCAUCUUCCUUCCUUCCUUCCUUCAUAUCCUCUUCAUUCCAUCCCUCCUUACUUUCUCUUUUUCAUUACUUCCUUCCCCAUCACUCAUAUUUACAUUUAGACAGCUGUUCUUUUUAUUAAGAGUUUAAAGAAGUUUUUAUUCCUUCCUAUUCUAUUCUCUGGGUUCUAUUCUUUCUAUUCCUCCCUUCUUUCCUUUCCUGCCUCCUUCCCUCCUUGUUUUCUUCCUUCCCGUCCCCUUGAUUCCUUCCUUCCUUCAAUCUUUCCUUUCCUUCUUCUUUCCUUCCUUUCAUCCUUGUUUCCAUCCUUCUUUUCCUUUUCCUCCCUCCUUCGUCCAAAUGAUCAGAAUUCACCAGAUGUUCAUCAGAUGUUGACUUUAUUAGAAGAAAACUUGAUUUACAGAUAAAUUAUAUUUUUAAUCACACUGUUGAUAAUCGGAGAUAAAGUUUUUGUGCAGAUGGAGUUAUUUAGUGUCAGUUUUAGGAGAAAAUGUGUAAUGUGACAUUUCUACAGUUUUUCUCUCAGCUGAUUUGAUCCUGUUCAACAUUUCUGUCCUCUCCUGAUGGUUUUAUUUUCACUCAUUCUUUCUGUUUAUUCACUCUUUCUUCAUUCAGUUCAUUUUUGUUCAGUCGCUGCAGAAUUCUGCUUCAACUGUUGAUUUCUAACUUAAGUAAACUUUAGUUUGACAGAAUUAAUCAUCAG